AUGUUGUCGCUGGAACCUCUAUCGUCAAAGUGUGGCAGAAUCAAGGAAGCAAAGCGUGUUUUUUGUCAAAUGCACGUACGCGAUGUUGUGACUUGGAACGCUAUGAUCUCCGCGCUUGCCCAGACCGGGCAUUGCAGAGAGGCGAUCAAUCUCUACAAGAAGAUGGGCGUUCAAAGGAAUUCGAGCAGUUUCAUGAGCGCCCUCGGUGCUUGUGCAUUUCUAGGAUCUCUGCAAGACGGCAAAAAAAUCCAUGCCGAGGUCAUUGCGAGAUUUGCCAGCUUGUCUCAUCGAUUUCUCGAGACUGGAGUGGGUAAUGCGAUGAUCAACAUGUAUGAAAAAUGGCAGCAAGCAGUCGAAGCAAAGAAAGUUUUUGAUUCAUUAAAAUUUAGAAAUGUGAUCACUUGGAACGCUACUAUUGCAGCAUUUGCCCAAAACGGGUAUUUCACAGAAGCCCUUGACUUGUACCAUUGUAUGGGCAGGGAUCUUCACUCGCGAAUCGCCGCGAGCGAGUGGAGCAGCGACGCAGUGGUGAUGAACAGCGUGAUGAGCAUGUUUGUGCGGUGCGGCAGCCCAGGCGAGGCCAAGCGCGUCUUCCUGGGUCUGAAGAACCGCUCCGCAGUGUCGUGGACGAUCGCGAUCGCUGCCACUGCACAGCAAGCGAGCAGCGGCGAGGCCGUGGAGCUGUUCUUGGGGAUGGUCCACCCGGAUUCCUACGCAUUCGCAGGGAUUCUCUUCGCAUGUAGCCAUGGAGGGCUUCUCGACACCGGAUGGAGCUGCUUCACAUCGAUGCGGCAGGAUUUUGGCGUGGAUCCGGGAGCCGAGCACUUAGAUCUUCUGGGUCGUGCGGGGCGAUCGAAUCAAGCCAAAGAGCUCCUCCUCGCCAUGCCCUUCUCUCUGGAUGAUAUUUCUUGGACGGCUUCCGUGUCUAUUAGGUGA